AAUUAUUAAACCAAAAGUUAUUUCAUUUGUUUUAUUCAAUGAUAAUGAUACUGAAGAUAUUUUAUCAUUGGUAGAUUUGAACUACUUUAAAUUAAUUGAUUCGAAUUUUAAUAUAAAAAUGGUAUUUGUUAAAAAGUUCAAUUUUUUCAGCCAAGUAUUAAUUAAUAAAUUUUUUAUUGAAUAUUUUAAAGUAUUUGAAGAUAGACUUAACUGGUUCACUAUAAAGGAUCAUGUUGAUGUUCAUUUUGAUAACCUCUAUUCUUUCAAUCAUCUUAUUAAUAUUGAAAAUUUGCAAUUACAUAUGUUUAACUCAAAAAAGUUAAUUCAGCACUUAAGCUCGACUGUGGUACCUGAUCCAAUGACUGCAUCUAGUUUUGGCUUAUUAUAUUCAAAUUUAAAAUCUUUAGAUUUAUCAUAUAAUACAUUAAAUGAUCUCACUUCAAUAAAAUUUCCUUCUUCAUUAGAAUAUUUAAACUUAUCAAACAAUAAUAUUAUAAAUUUAAAUAAUUCCACUUUUAAUUGGAAAAAUCUAACUAAUUUAAAAUAUCUCAAUUUAUCCAACAACACUUUGGUUAGCUUCAACUUAUUUAAUACAAUUUCUUCGAAUGAAUUUAUAGAAAAAGAAGAAUACAACCUUCAGAAAAUUGACUUGUCUGGAAAUAAUCUAAUAAACUUGAACUUUCUAUCCUCCAAAGCUUGUGUUCUAUUCAAAAAUUUAACUACUAUUGAUUUGUCUAGAAAUCUUAUUUCUGAUCUCGUCAAAUUUACGGGCUCAUUGAGAUCAAUAAAUUUAACGGGAAAUUACCUUGAUGAACUUAAUGAAAGUCAUUUUGACUUCAGCUAUUAUUUCCCAUCUAACAUGACGGAAAUAAACUUAUCAUACUGUAAAUUACACAAUACUAAUCAAAUAGAGUCGGAAUUAAUAAAAGCUUGUCCUGGUUUGACAAAGCUCAAUUUAGAAGGAAAUUCUAAAUUACCUAAAAUUGAAGUAACACCUUCUGCUUAAUAUAUAUGUUUGAAAAUUUCUAUGUAUAUUUUAUAGUGUUUAAUUUUGCAACAAUAGACUACUUCUUUUUGUACU